AUGACCGAUGAGGAACUUAGUGGACUGGAGAGUGAAUUGAGUAGUGAGGAAAACAGUAUAGAGAUUCAGGACAGUGGAGCUUUACGGCUAGAUACUCCAGAGACUGUUGCAGUACCGAAGAAACAACUGUUUUAUCAAGGAGAAGAAGACUCAAUACAUAAUCUGCCGACAGUUGUAUCACCUAUUAGGAAGCGUGUGAGAUUUAAUAGACAACAGAAUUCGGAGUUUGAUAGUGAAGGAGAUUCUCCUUUGCAUCCAUGGGAGUUCAAGAGAGUUAUACGAAGAGAAUUCAAACAUAAAUUGCCCAAUAAUUAUCAGAUCAAGAGAUGGAAGAGACCCUCGAAAGUAAUGGUGGAUUCAGUCGUUCAGCUACUUGAAACAAACGCUGAGUCCGCAUUGCAACAGGUUCUCGAAAAGUAUAGCGCUCAAUUGCUGAAUAUUGACCCUCAUAGACCUGUGGACAAGGUUUUCAGGCAAAAGCAAAGCAUCAUGAAUGAUAUAAUUUCUAAAAUAAAGACUCAGUUGAAGAAAUCGCGGUUCCCGGCCAGAAUAUCUGAUCGGGACUUGGAAAUUGAAUAUAUCGUCUCAAAGAGAAAGUUCAUUCAAAAAAGAUACGCUGAAGAACUCUCUAACGCUGAGAGGUUAGAGGGUGAGCUCCUGAGGGAGCAGAAAUUACUGGAUGAGGUCAGACAAUCAUGCGAAACUAUGAAGGAAAACAAUAGAACAAGACUCACCGAGGGCCUUAUUGGAAAUAAUCUACAUCCGAGCCUUAACAAAGCGAUGGAAAACGCUUACGGAUUGAUCACAAACUCAUCAAAGGACCGCUCAAUGAGCCAAUUUGAAAGAGAUAUAGCCGAUUUUAAUCUGAAGACCCCGACUGAAAAUAUUCAAUCGGGCACUCUACCAGACGAUCAAAAAACCAUCAAUCUUUUACCAGCGUUACACGAAUGUCGCAGAAUCUCUCGAGAACUACAACAGAACAUUACAAGGUUCGAGAGCCCUCAAUUAAAACUUAUUAAUGAUGAAUUACUCUCCAGGAAACCAGAAAAAUAA